AUGAAGGCGGACCCGGAUAGGCUCCAGAAACGCUUCCACUGCCCUGACUGCGGGAGAGGCUUUGUCCACAAGUCGAGCAUCCCCAGACAUCGGAAGCUCCACCGGAAAGAGAACCUGUCACAAAAUUCAGGGCAAAAGAAAAGCUGCGGGCUGGCCGGAAACCGACUUUGCAGUCCCAAGGCCCCGUCCGGAAAGAACCGUCUUUCCUGCCCCGACGGCGGGUCACGCUCAGCUGGCAAAGAGAGGGACCAGUUGACCGCUCUGUGCGAGGUGUGCGGGCAGAGCUUCCCUCUCGGCUUCAAGUUCCAGAGGCACCUGGCCACGCACUCCCAAGAGAAGCCCUUCUGCUGCUCCCAUUGCGGGAAAGCGUUUGCCGUCAAGUCGGUGCUGGUCAGGCACCUGCUGCUGCACCAGCCGGAGAAGCCCUUCCUGUGCCGCUACUGUGACAAAGGCUACAUCCAGAAGUGCCACCUGAACAGGCAUUGCCAGAAGAACCACGGGAUUUAUGAGUGA